UAGAACAAAAACAAUCAUUCUCUACUUCGAAGCCUCAACCUCUGCCGUCGCUCUUGCUACAUUUCCAGCAAACUAUUACACCUUUCACACACUAGAAACUUUCGUCGCUUUCGCAAACCAUUCAUCUUACUGCACUUUCCGAUGGAAGAUCCCGACGCUGCGUCGGCAUCUCUACACGCCACUUCCGGAUCGGACGAUGAUCACUCCCGCGGCAUGAGCAGCGCAGCGUCACUUGCGCUGGGACCCGAGCCGUCACCAGCAACCGCGAGCGUGGCCGCCGCAUUUCCUGUUCUGCCUCAUGCGGUGAUCCAAAGCAUACAAUGCGCACGUUGUUCCAAGAUCCUCCGCUCGCCGCUGCGGCUUCCAUGCGGAAAUUCGAUCUGCCGGUCAUGUCUCCCGCCGAUCUAUCAACGUACGGGUAUCACGUAUCCCGCGAACGAGGAGCGGAAGCAUGGAUUCUUAUGCUACUGGGGGAAAGCAGAUGCGUGUUCCGGAGAGCAUUGCCUGGGUGAUUGUGGAGCGGACGUCUUACUGAGUCGACUGGCCGAUGUUUUCGAGGAGGUUCUGGCGGACGACCGCGGAGAUGGUUCCAGCGGAAGCGCGUCUACAGUGACGUGGAAAAUCUCCCGAGAUCCAUCACCGGAACUGACCACGGAGUAUGAAUAUAUCGGGGCCGAUCUGCUGAAGGGCGUCUACCGUCUAGUCAAAGAGGGCCGGUUCGAUUAUGAUGCGUCGGAGGUACACUAUUCGGUCGGGGACUCGGCUGCUGACAGCUCAACCCAGCGCUCAUAUACGAAGCUCAAGAAUGCGAUCAGGAACGAGUUGGAUUGUCAAGUGUGCUACUCGCUUAUACUGGAUCCGUUGACUACGCCAUGUGGUCACACGUUCUGUCGCGACUGCGUCACUAUGGUGAUGGACCACAGUGAUCUCUGCCCUGUUUGUCGCCGGAAGCUCAACUUGUCCUUAACUUCCCGAAGAGAGCCCAGCAAUCUGAGGAUCUCGACUAUCCUGGAGACGCUAUUUCCCGAGCAGCUGGCGGUGCGGAAAGAUGGCACUUCCGAUGAUGAUGAUGAUGAUGAUGAUGAUGAUGAUGAUGAUGAUGAUGACGCGGCCGCCGCUGACGGUGAACAAACGCUUCCCCUGUUUGUGAACUCGCUGUCUUUCCCUACCAUGCCUACCUUCCUGCAUAUCUUUGAGCCUCGAUAUCGCAUAAUGAUGCGGAGGGUCAUGGAGACGAGGGGCAAGAAAUUCGGCAUGGUUAUGUACAACCGUGGCAGUCGGCCUCAGCCAGGAUUGGGACGGGCUGAGUUUAUGCAAUAUGGUACAGUCUUGAUGAUUGAUCGCUAUGAGCUUCUGCCAGACGGUAGAAGUCUGGUCAUUGCCACUGGUGUCUCCCGAUUCAAAGUAAGCAGCUCGGAGGUGGUUGACGGCUAUCAUGUUGGCAGGGUACAACGUGUGGAAGAUAUGCCAAUCACUGAAGAAGAGCGACUUGAGUCAUUGGAAACCUCAGUCACAAUGGAAGCGCCGCCGGCGGCAAGUGCUGAUCCUGCAGAUACCCCUAUCGAAGUCCUGCCGACCCAGCAGCUAUUCCAAUUGGCUCUAGACUUCAUUGACGAACAACGUCGUAAGGGAGUCGCGUGGCUUCAUCCACGCGUCCUGAUGGCCUACGGCGAUGCACCCACUGAUCCCGCUCUGUUCCCCUGGUGGCUUGCUAGCGUCUAUCCUCUGUGGGAAGACGACAAGUAUUCAUUGUUAUCAAUGACUAGUGUCAGAGACCGGUUGAAGGUUGUUGCACGAUGGGUCAAAAAGUCAAGGUCUCGAGAAUGGCUGGCCGGUCCUGGUCUAUCAUUCUUAUCGCCAUCGACGGCGGUCUUCACGUCGUUCACACCGUUUACCAUGUCGGUCUCCAUUUCCUUUGGGAAUACUCGUGCAUCCGAGACUUCUCGACAGGAGCCGGAGCAAAGUCGGGACUCGGAGAUGUACAUCCCGCAGACCUUGGUAUUAGGCAUCUUCCUGGCGAUAUUUGUGACCCAGAUUGCCAUCAACAUCAUCCAGAUCAGGCGCGCAAGACAACGGGGUGUAGUAGGGGGUGGACGAAAUACGAACCUAGGAGCUAUCCAAGCCCUCCGAAACCUCUCGUCCAAAUCAAACUCCGUGACCAUCUCGGAAAUCGAAUACAAGCGCCUGCUCCAAGCGUCGCAGCAGUUCACCAAGUUGAAGAACUCGCUUCUCGAAGGGGGCCUGUCGCAGGAGACUCUCGAUAUCUUGAUCUAUGGCCCUCCGUCGACUCCUCCAGGUAUUGGAGGCCACACGGCAGGUACCGCGUCCCCACAGCGAGGGCAUACAAAGCGUGAAAUUGUUCCGCGUCGCAGAAGCUCAGAUGAGAGCUCCGAUCUAGAUGCUGCAUCUGAAGACGGCCACGAUGAUGCCACCUCGGUCGACUCGCCCACCAGUGAAGGAAAAGCAGAGGACCACGACGAUUCAUCCAGGAGCGAGGCAUCUGCGGCUACCCCUACUGACCAACGCACUGUGAUGAUCCGCAACCUGCCCGACCGCGUCACUUACAGAGACGUUGUCGACGCUGUGAAGAGUGGUGGUGCCCUGAUUCAUGUCUACCUGAGGGCUCGUGAGCGGAUUGCAAGUGUUUCGUUUGUGGAAGAGGCUGCGGCCCGCUCCUUUCUGCAGCAUAGCAACACUCACGGCCUGUUAGUGGCUGGCAAACGCGUCGAAACGCUAUGGAACGACCGGCAGUUCUACGUCCCUCCCUAUGUCAGAAACAAGAUCUACAAUGGAGCCUCGAGAAACCUAGUUCUCUACAACGUGCAUCCGAACGUCACCGAGUGGGUCAUCCGGAAAGAUCUGGAGCAUAUCCACAACCUAAUCGUAAUCUCGGUUAAAUUCAACAAUGGCAACGCCUACAUAUCCACCAACUCCGUGCACAAUGCCCUGUUUGCGCGAUCCUGCAUGAUGUCCCGUUUCACGUACAAGGGUACGAGAAUUGGGUUCUAUCCAGACGAGUGUGCGGAAUCGCAGGGUAAGGUACCCAUCGGGCCGAGACACGGAGUGCCAGAUGCUUCGGCUGGGAAAUCCACCUCGGUACUCAACCGCUUCCAUAUCCUGUCCCUUGAUGGGGCUGAUGACGAUGAGAGCGAAGAUUACGAUGGCCAUGGUGGAAUGAGCGGUCACCUUAACGGCAACGUCCGCUGGACAGACAACAGCGUUUCUGCUUAAGCCCUUCAAAGCACCCUCUCGACCUUUGCUUGCCUACGUUCGCUGAACUUCUUCCGUAUCAUGUCAUCGGUGGUCUACUGCAUCGAACAAUCUGUUGCAUCUUAUUCGAUGCAGCUGAAUUUGGAGUUUAAGUCAAGAGCAUGCGAGUCUGCGGGGGC